UGUACAUGAACGUGCUGACGUCCACAAGUGCGUCCACUGGAGUGUCUUUCGAAACAACCAACAUGGCGUCUGUGUGCACUGCCUCCCGUGUUCUCGGGAAAAAAGUGUUGACAACAAAAGCUCUUCCAGCAGUAUGCCAGACCAACUCCAGAAAGUUUCACUUUAACAUUUAUGGGAAAAGGGACACUGCUAAAGUUUCCUCUGGGAUCUCCACACAGUACCCAGUGGUGGAUCAUGAAUUUGAUGCAGUGGUGGUGGGAGCUGGCGGCGCUGGCUUGCGUGCUGCCUUUGGCUUGUCCGAGGCUGGCUUCAACACAGCCUGUGUCACAAAGCUCUUCCCUACCAGGUCUCACACCGUGGCCGCACAGGGAGGAAUCAAUGCGGCUCUUGGAAACAUGGAGGGCGAUGAUUGGAGGUGGCACUUCUAUGAUACUGUAAAGGGAUCUGAUUGGCUUGGGGACCAGGACGCCAUCCACUACAUGACUGAACAGGCCCCGGCCGCUGUGGUUGAGCUGGAGAACUUUGGAAUGCCCUUCAGCCGCACGGAGGAUGGCAAGAUUUACCAGCGAGCUUUCGGUGGUCAGAGUCUUAAGUUCGGCAAAGGAGGCCAGGCUCACAGAUGCUGCUGUGUGGCUGACAGAACCGGUCACUCCCUCUUGCACACUCUGUAUGGACGGUCGCUGAGGUAUGACACCAGCUACUUUGUUGAGUACUUUGCCCUGGACCUGCUGAUGGAAGAUGGGGAGUGCAGAGGAGUGAUUGCCCUGUGCAUGGAGGAUGGUUCCAUCCACCGCUUUAGGGCCAAGAACACUGUCAUCGCCACUGGCGGUUAUGGCCGCGCCUACUUCAGCUGCACCUCCGCCCACACCAGCACCGGAGACGGAAACGCCAUGGUGACCCGUGCCGGGCUGCCUUGCCAGGAUCUGGAGUUUGUGCAGUUCCACCCCACAGGUAUCUAUGGAGCCGGUUGCUUGAUCACAGAGGGUUGCCGUGGCGAGGGCGGAAUCCUCAUUAACAGCGAGGGUGAGCGUUUCAUGGAGCGAUAUGCACCCAAUGCCAAGGACCUGGCCUCCCGAGAUGUGGUGUCCCGCUCCAUGACCAUUGAGAUCCGUGAGGGAAGGGGUGUGGGUCCAGAGAAGGACCAUGUGUACCUGCAGUUGCAUCACCUGCCCCCCCAACAGCUGGCCACUCGUCUGCCUGGCAUCUCCGAGACCGCCAUGAUCUUCGCCGGCGUGGACGUCACCAAAGAGCCCAUCCCCGUGCUGCCAACGGUUCACUACAAUAUGGGUGGCAUCCCAACCAACUACAAGGGACAGUGUAUUACCUACAAAGACGGCCAGGACCACGUUGUGCCCGGGCUGUACGCGUGCGGAGAGUCCGGCUGUGCAUCCGUCCACGGUGCCAACCGCCUCGGCGCCAACUCCCUUCUGGAUCUCGUGGUGUUUGGUCGCGCUUGCGCCCUCACUAUUGCCGAUAUCUGCACACCAGGGGAGAAGCUGCCACCGCUGAAGGACAAUGCCGGUGAGGAGUCUGUGGCCAACCUGGACAAGAUCCGCUUCGCCAACGGAGACAUCAGGACCUCCGAGAUUAGGCUUACCAUGCAGAAGACCAUGCAGAGCCAUGCCGCUGUCUUCCGUACCGGUGAUGUGCUUAAGGAGGGAUGUGUGAAAAUGGACGCCGUGUACCAGACCCUGAAAGACAUCAAGACCUUUGACAGAGGCAUUGUGUGGAACACAGACCUGGUGGAGACCUUGGAGCUGCAGAACUUGAUGCUGAACGCCGUACAGACCAUCCAGUCUGCUGAGGCACGCAAGGAGAGCCGAGGGGCCCACGCCAGAGAGGACUUCAAGGACCGUGUUGAUGAGUAUGACUACGCCAAGCCCCUUCAGGGACAGGAAAAGACGCCCUACGAAGAUCACUGGAGGAAACACACACUGUCCUAUGUGGACCCUGAGACAGGAAAGGUCACCUUGGAGUACAGGCCUGUAAUUGAUGACACAUUGAAUAUGGAGGACUGUGCGGCCAUCCCUCCUGCCAUCCGCUCAUACUAAGCACACGUACAUACAUACACAUUUCCAUAACCAUCUCUGGCUUGUCGUUAUUUAUGAUGAGCUGAUACUCCGGCAGUUGCCCCAGACUCUGCUCUGGAAGGCCCACUUGCAGUCCAUUCAGUACAGAGUUCAUACAACUGAACUAAAUGGUUUAACUCCAUCAUAAAAACAUGGGUUGUUUUGUGUUUAUUAAUAUACUGAAUUAUAUUAUAUUGAAUUGCAGACAAGAUUGAUUUGUGUCAUUAUCAUCCAUCACCUUUGCUUAUGUUCUUUGAAGCAAAUAAAUAAAAUAUUUAAUAUUUAAA